AUACCGGGUAAAAAACACAAAACCUAUGUCACUAAAUAACGGGGUGAGACGUCGUGUAAAAGUAGACAAAAGUAUCACAAUUAUAUAUUUAAGGCAAAAAAACAAAGAAUAGAUUCAUUACCGGUUAAUUCAAGUGUAAAAUUUUCUAUAUAAUGUAUGUAGAUAGAAAAUAGUGGGAAAUUGACAAACUUAACAGAAAAAAAAACAGUUUUAUUUAAAUCUCAGCACCCACACUCUCUUAAAGCCCCCUUCCCCAAAAAAAAGCAAACCUUUUAAGAGAGUAAAAUAAAAUCCAACCACAAACGAUUUCUAACGUUAACACAUAUUAUAGUUUUGUUUGGGAAUUUAUUUCGGGAAUUUAGAAAAUUUUUAUUAUAAAUACGCAGAGCAAGGCUCUCCAAGUUUCAUUCUCUUGUAGUGGUUAAAGUGACAUGAUAGUGAGUAGAUUGCUGUACUGUAGCAAGUCAUGUAUCAGCAUGUCCUUCCAAACACAACAAAUAUUUUUAGUAAUGGACAACAUGUGCCAAAUAAAGCAACGCUCAACGGGUCAACGUGUACCAACGGUUCUAUUGGGCCAGAAGGGCCCGAAACGACAGAGACCGACUCAUCAGGGACCGGGGGGAUGCGGAAGUCGUUGGAGAGGAAGGGCUCAACGCCGAACGACGCUGUUCACCUCCAGAGACGGGUGGGACUCUUCAGUGGGGUGGCUUUAAUUGUCGGGACUAUGAUAGGGUCUGGAAUAUUUGUGUCACCUUCUGGUCUACUAGUUCGAACUGGUUCCGUUGGUGUUAGCUUUAUAAUAUGGCUGGCCUGUGGUUUGCUCUCCUUGUUGGGCGCUCUGGCAUAUGCUGAAUUAGGUACAAUGAAUACAUCGUCGGGUGCUGAAUGGGCAUAUUUUAUGGACGCGUAUGGACCAGCACCGGCGUUUCUAUUCUCAUGGGUAUCGACAUUAGUUUUAAAGCCAUCGCAAAUGGCAAUAAUUUGUCUUUCAUUUGCACAGUAUGCAGUGGAGGCAUUUGUCUCUGAAUGUGAUCCACCAAUGUCGGUUGUUAAAAUGGUUGCAUUAGUAGCAAUAGUGAUGAUAUUGUUUGUUAACUGUUAUAGUGUUAAUUUGGGCAUGGCAGUUCAAAAUAUAUUUACCGCAGCCAAAUUGGUUGCAGUUCUAAUUGUUAUAUGUGGUGGUGCCUGGAAAUUAUUUCAGGGCAAUACACAACAUCUAUCAAAUGCAUUUAGUGGACCUACACCCACCAUGGGAGCAAUAGCCACAGCCUUUUAUACGGGUCUCUGGGCUUAUGAUGGCUGGAAUAACUUGAAUUAUGUUACGGAGGAGAUUAAGAAUCCGAGCAAGAAUUUACCACGCUCCAUAGUAAUUGGCAUACCAUUGGUUACUUUGUGUUAUGCUUUGAUUAAUAUUUCCUAUUUAGCGGCCAUGUCACCCACCGAAAUGAUUGAAUCUGAGGCUGUGGCGGUAACAUUUGGCAAUCGUAUCUUGGGCGCACUUGCCUGGUUGAUGCCAUUGAGUGUAACGAUCAGUACGUUUGGCAGUGCAAAUGGUACACUGUUUGCAGCGGGAAGAUUAUGCUUUGCUGCAUCUCGUGAGGGUCAUUUGCUAGAUAUUUUAUCUUAUGUGCAUGUACGUCGUCUAACACCAGCACCUGGUCUAAUAUUCCAUUCUUUAAUUGCUGCUGCUAUGGUUUUGUACGGUACCAUAGAUUCAUUAAUUGAUUUCUUUAGUUUUACCGCUUGGAUUUUCUAUGGUGGCUCGAUGUUGGCCCUCAUUGUGAUGCGUUUCACCAAACCCAACUAUCCAAGGCCAUAUAAAGUGCCUAUUAUCAUUCCCGUUGUGGUUCUGGUGAUCUCAAUGUAUCUGGUGGUGGCUCCCAUUAUUGAUACGCCACGCAUUGAAUAUUUGUAUGCAUUACUCUUCAUAUUUGCCGGUUUGAUAUUCUAUGUGCCAUUUGUGAAAUUGGGAAUGACACCAAGAUUUAUGAACCAAGUUACUCUAUUCUUCCCAUUGUUAUUGGAAGUUGUGCCCACCUCUACAAUGGCCAUGUUCGAUUAAACAAAAACGCAAAAACAUCAACAAAAACUUCAGACCAGAAAUAUGCUCAAAAACACAACAACUCUAAUGAGAUAUGGAGACUUUUGCAGAACAAUGUAAAAAGGCAAUUGGGGUAAUACCAAAACAGGAUGUACUAAAAACAAUUGGAUUAAUUUAUAUAUCGUUGUAAAGCUAUAAAAUAGUUUUUGACACAAAUAUUCUAAAGAAAACCAAAAAAAAAAAAAAAUGAACUAUUGAAAACCAAACAUUCAUAUUAAAAGAAUUACAAAGAUAUAAAUUAUUAAAAUAUAUACUAUACAAUAAAGAAAUACUAUAUAUUUUGUAGAUUUUAAGAAAAAACUUUAAAAAAUAUAAAAAAAUAUUACAAAAAAAUAUGGAAAAAUAAAAAUUCAAAAAAGAAGUAACUUGUUACUUGAAAAUAAAAAAGAUAGUAGUUGUUAUCGAAAAAAUAUAUAAAGAUUAUUAUUACAAAAAACUUAUAUAAUUUUAAGGCUUUGUUUAUUUUUUUAUAAAUUAUAUUUUAGAAAUUUUAUAAAAUAAAAAUAAUUUAAAAAGGAAUUACACAUUUUUUGCUAAAUGAAAGUAAUAAAAAGAAAAUGUAGAAAAAUAGCAAAAUAAAUUGGUUGCAAAAAACAAAUGAACAAUAAUUUGUUUAAAAUUAUGUUAAAAACAAACAAUUGUUUAGUAUGACUGUUAAAAUAGACUUAAAUUGAAUUUUAUUGCAAGAAAAAAUACAAUUAUUACAAAACAAAAUAAGUGUAAUUUUAAAACACCAAGGUUAUACACUGUGCAAAAGAAUUCAAAUAAAUCCAAAUACUUAUUGGAACCUGCGAGUGCCACAGUGCUUUAAUCUUUUCAAAAUAUAUUUUGUUAAAAUUUUUAGCAAAAAAAAAACUUGUUUGUUUAUCCAUAAUUUUCCUUUAUUUUCUCUUUAAACAUUGAAAAUGUUUAUUCGAAAAAAAAAACUAAUCAAAAUAUUGGAACAAGAUAAACAUUUUAAAGAAAUAUCACACCAUAUUUUGAGCUUUUUAAGCAAUAUAAUUAAUUUUAAAAUAUAUUUUUAAUCAAUUUAUUAUAAUACUUUAUAUUUAGAUGAUAAAAGACAAAAUACUAAAUAAAAGUGUUAAACUUUCAUGUUUUCGGCUCUGCA